CCAGCACCGCCUCCCAUCCGAUCAUCACCACAACCUACCUCAAGAAACAAAGUAAUGCUGAAAGCCACCUCCCGCGCAAUCCGCGCACGCAGCCAAGCGGCGCGCAAGCUCGCCCGAGUGCGGGAACACAACAAGCGCAUGCGGAUAAAAGAGGCUAUGGGAGUCCGCAUGCAGAUCCAGCGCAUCGCACACGCAGACCAGAAGCAGUCGCGGCGGGAGGCGAAGGAAGACCGUAUGCUGGGACCGCUGGGGCCGCGGCGAGCGAUGACGUCCGCAGAGGCGGACGAAAUGAGCGUGGUCGCGACCGAGCGGGCGCGGCCGUUGCCAAUCCGGAAGGAGGAGCGGGUAAAGUAUUGGAACAUCGUCCCGGGUGACAGGGUCGUUGUCUUAGCCGGGGUGGACAGGCAUAAGAUUGGGGUUGUCAAAAGUGUGGAUAAGGCGACAGCUACGUUGAUGGUUCAAGGGAUUAAUAUGGCACCGAUGAAAAUCCCAGACGCAGUGUUUGAAUUAGAUACCAAACAGCAGAGGAUCUACCACUCCGAACUCUCCAUAAGCUACCACGACGUCCGCCUCGUCUACCCCCUCCCCGACCCCGCCACGGGCGCCCUCCGCGAUACCAUAAUAGCAAACAUCGAAAUGUCCAACAUCUGGCAUAACAAGAACGGAACCUCCUCCUGGAAACGCCUCGUGCCUGGAAUGGAAGGCGUCGUGAUCCCCUGGCCGCCAAAGGAGAAACCGAAAUACGUUGACCACCCCGGUGACACGCGGAUAAUGGAUGUGGAGAUGCCUAGCUACUUCCCCACUCUGCUUGCCCCACCAUUCCCGUUGGAGGUCAUCGACGAACUCAGGAAUAAGUACUCCAAGUUCAGGACCCGCCACGAUCCCGUGUGGGUCGCAAAGAAGGAGGCCGAGGACGCAGCGCAGAAGGCCAAGGAUGGAGAACGCAUAUUGACCGCGGUGCAAGAGCUCAAUCGGAAGCUGAGGAAGGAGAGGAAGGCGCUGGGUCCGCCGCAGUUGUCGGACUCGAACUUAGAGUAUAUUGGGCGGGUUAUGGCGCAGAACCGGCCGGAGCUUUUAGAAAAUCUACCGCCUACAUCGCCACCGCCGCCAACGUCGUCGACACAGGAGGCAACGGCCUAG